AGUGAGUAGUGCACACGUGUUCCACCAGUUUGAUAACAAAGUUCGGUGAAGAGACUUCCAGCAGCGAACAGCAGCUGUCCUCAGGGAUUACGGAUUAAAAGCUGACGUGAACCAAAGAACGCUAAUUGAAAUGCAAACAAUUUACUGCCAGUAAUUAACAGUGAAGUGCGUGGGUGCGUGUGUGUGUGUGUGUUUGAGUGGGGGUGUAACAGUGAUUACAGAGUUAUUUGCAAGCGAAUACAUUUAAGGUGUAAAUCCGCGUUGUUCAUCAAGGGAUAAUUCCGAUUAAAACCGCGUAUCAAACAGCCGCAAUCGAAACCAAAAUGAAUCCCAUCAACACCACCCCAAGUGCCCUUCUGCUCCUGGCGCUCCUGUUGGCCGCGGUGGCCACGGUGGUGACCCGUGCCGAUCCGGACUCUGGUGGUUCCAGUUCCACCCCCGCCAAAUUGGACGAUUACGUGCUGACGACCCAGUCCGAGUGUUACAAGUCAAAGCGGCUCGUUUCCUGCUUUAAAUAUCGAAUUUCCCGCUAUAUCUGGUCGUUCGCGUCAGGUCGUGUCAACUGGUUCCAGGCGGAGGACAAAGCGACCGACGGUGGGAGCGGGUUGCGGUUGGUGCGGCUUGCCGAACCCCAGGAGGAUGAUGUGUUCCCGGAAGCCCGACAAGUGUCCGCGUACGAUAACGAGCUGAUGAGGGUGGCCAAGUUUAUGCAGCGUUCGCUGAACACCUUCAUCGCAACGCACGGUGUCCGCGUCGGCAUGGGCUCGGACAGCGGGGCCCGGUUCCUGGACGAGGUCAACAGUGCCAACGCCAACGCGGACGCGUUCGAGGCACGUGGCAAGAAGAAGAAGCAACGCUGGAGCAUGAUUCUGCCGCUGGCCUUGAUGCUCAAGCUGGUCCACAUGAAGCUGCUGCUGAAGCCGAUUCUGCUCGGGGUGGGACUGAUUCAGGUGCUGCUGAUCGUGGGCGGCUUCCUGAUCUUCAACUACUUCCGCCAUAAUAACGUCUGCCGAAUCCAGCCUCAUCUGAUUCAUUCGCACUCGCACAUUGCCAGUGAAUCUUCACCGGAGUUGUCGUACGCAACCUACGGAACGUAUCCGUCAUACUCAGCCUCACCGUACAACGCGUACAGCAAGGACUGGGCCUCGAACCGAGCUUACAGUGCUUACAAUUUCCUGGAUGCUAUCGACAACCAAAAGAUUUAAAGUCCAACAAAGACUCCAAGCGCAUUAGCAGUAGAUAGAACUGAUUCGUAAUUUAUUGUUAAGAUUUCAAUGCCUCUUAAAAUUCUACCUUUUCUUUCGUCAUCUUUUGUCCCUUUUCAAUUUGUCUAAUAAGUAUUUUCCUUUCGUUGAACUGACCCUCCUUCUCGGUAGUAUCACCAAACAUAAAAAACAUGUUUUCAUUUUUCCUACAUUCUAAUACCCCACCCUUCUUCAGUCUAAAUAUUUGCCAAAGCUUUUCACUUCAUCCCACUCACUGCCGUUCUCUGUUUACCCUCAUUUUUCUCCUUUCGAGCCCUCCAAUCAAUUAUCUUUUUUUUCUAGUCUCAAGUCUACGUAGCAAAGCAUAAACCCCCGUUCCCGGAGAGCUUUCCCUCCAUUUUCCCGCCCACUAACAGUACUUUUCCACACUUUUCCUCUCGGGUGGGAAACCCGUUAAUUUAGUACGUUGGUAUAGAGUGAGAAUGCGUUAGAGCGCACAUGCUAUUUAUUUAUUUAAUAUUUAUUGAACGCGUAUUUAUUGUGAGUACAAGCGUACAUUAAGCACCCAUAGAGUACCUUUACCUUCCCCAUUUCUCCGUAACUGAAACAAAUACCAACAGUAAAUAAAAUAAAAGCCCGACAGGAGCAAUGCCUACUAACAAACACGAUAAAAAAU